AAAUACAGCUACGCCCUGUCUGCAACAUGGGGAAGAACACGGCAGCAGGCGAAAGACAGAGCGACAGCAUCAGCAGGAGAGGAGGCCUGUGCAUCUGAUCAAGUGCUGGACUUGGAGUCGCCUCUCGCACGGCGUCUGCGUGUUCCCUGCAGAACGAUGAGCGGAGGGAAACAGCUGCUGCUCCUGGCAGUGCUCCUGCUCCUGGAAAGAUGUCAGCAAAAGCCACAAGUGAUGAUGUCUCCCAACGUGGAGCAGGUCUUUUCGGGGGACUUGUUCUAUUUGAAAUGCAAUGACAGUAAGAGCGUGACACCAGCGACCUGGUACCAGAACGACGCUCGGAUCCUGAUGACCACACACUACAAGAUAGCGGUCGCUCAGCAGAGUCACUCAGGCCAAUACGAGUGUGAAAUCAAUGGGGAGAAGAGUGACAAGUAUCAGGUUACGGUCCUAGAUUUCGAGCCCAGUGCCUCACUCACCAUCAAGACAGGUCAGCCGGUGAUGCAGACUGGAGCGUCUGUUACACUCAGCCUUCAGCAUCAGGACGGCAUCCAAGGAUGGCAGUGCUAUGUCCAAAGGGGAGACGAGGUUAAGAGAAUCAAGCUGAGAAAUACAAGUGAAACGAGUCUGGACUUCCAACCCAGAAGACUGGAGGUGCCAGAGACGACGUUCUGGUGUCAUCACUCAGGGAAAAAACUGCGAAGUAACCAGAUCACAGUGAGGACCUCAGAUAAGCAAGUAUCUCUGGAGAUGUACCCCCUGCUGCCUGUAGCUGGGCAGAGCCUGACCCUGCGGUGCCUCACGUGGGGCACGGAUCUAAUCAGCCACGCCAGGUUCUACAAAGACAACACAACCUUUCUGGGCGAGUCCAAAGGCAUCUACAACAUCCCCAAAGUGGCAGCAACGGACGUAGGAAGUUACAGGUGUCACGCCAGCUUCACUUACAUAAAAAAUCCUACCGGACCCCCGUAUGAACUGGACUCAGACCCUCAGGACCUUCGGGUCCAAGAGCAACCCAUGCAGGCCGUGCUCUCUGAAGACAUCCACUGCUCCUGUGAACGCUGUCAGGAUGACGCCCACAGCCACUGGUACAAGAAGAGCGGGGAGUCGUGGGUGGAGGUGGAGUCCUCCACCUCCAGCGACAUGACGCCAGACAGCAGCGGGACGUACGCCUGCAGGAGGGCGUGGGGCACUGGGAGAUCUGCUCUGAGCAACGCGGUGCACUAUCAAUCUCCACCGCCCAGCAUCCCAGUUACCGUUCCUUUGCUGAUUCUUCUACUUUUAAUAGCAUUGGUAGCAGCGGUGGGGAUUUUCAUAUGGCGUAAAAGGAGAAGUGCGACAGGAGCCAUUUACGAAGAUGUGGCUCUGAGGUCACAUGACAAGUCGGGCGAAAAAGGAGACAACGAGUACGACACCCUUGACCCAGAAGCACCAAACAGAAAGAGGGGUGAGAAGGAGGGUCAAUAUGAACCACUGAAGAAAGAAGAAACAAAGGAGGGGGAGUAUCAGACUCUGGGGAUGGAGCGUGCAGCAGGAGGAGAGGGAGGCUACCAGGCACUGAAAAAGGGGGGGGAGAAAGAGGGGGUGUACCACACCUUAGGAGCAGAGGGUGCAACAGGAGGAGAGGGAGGAUAUCAGGCACUGAAAAAGGGGGGGGAGAAAGAGGGGGUGUACCACACCUUAGGAGCAGAGGGUGCAACAGGAGGAGAGGGAGGAUACCAGGCACUGAAAAAGGGGGGGGAGAAAGAGGGGGUGUACCACACCUUAGGAGCAGAGGGUGCAACAGGAGGAGAGGGAGGAUACCAGGCACUGAAAAAGGGGGGAGAGAAAGAGGGGGUGUACCACACUUUAGGAGGAGAGGGUGCAGCAGGAGGACAAGGAGCAGCAGGGAAGGAUAACAAAGACAAAGAAUAUGAAAUAGUGGAUGAAAAGAAGGCAGAGUAGAAAAAUCAUGAGAGGAUACUGGUUUACAGAGCAGUACGGAUUCACACCAGCAUUGAUAUUUACCGCAUCAUAACUGCAGCAUAAAAAGACACAAUAGCUUUGAGCAGGUUGAAAAAUAUGUUAGCUGAGCUUCAUUUGGAUGGAUGGAUGGAUGGAUGGAUGCAAGGAUGGAUGGAUGGAUGGAUGGAUGGGUGGAUGCAUGGAUGGAUGGAUGGAUGCAAGGAUGGAUGGAUGGAUGGAUGGAUGGAUGGAUGGAUGCAUGGAUGGAUGGAUGGAUGCAAGGAUGGAUGGAUGGAUGGAUGGAUGCAAGGAUGGAUGCAUGGAUGGAUGGAUGGAUGCAAGGAUGCAAGGAUGGAUGGAUGGAUGCAAGGAUGGAUGCAAGGAUGGAUGGAUGGAUGGAUGGAUGGAUGGAUGGAUGGAUGGAUGGAUGGAUGCAUGGAUGGAUGGAUGGAUGCAAGGAUGGAUGCAUGGAUGGAUGGAUGGAUGCAAGGAUGGAUGCAUGGAUGGAUGGAUGGAUGCAAGGAUGGAUGGAUGGAUGGAUGCAUGCAUGCAUGCAUGCAUGCAUGCAUGCAUGGAUGGAUGGAUGGAUGGAUGCAAGGAUGGAUGCAUGGAUGGAUGGAUGGAUGCAAGGAUGGAUGCAUGGAUGGAUGGAUGGAUGCAUGGAUGGAUGGAUGGACAGUGUUUUCAAUGGCACAUACUCGAUAUCUGCUUUCACGUUAUAGUUUGCUGUGCAGCUUGCAGGUCGUUGUAGUGAGCUCUAUUUACAUUUUACCUAAGACUGAUUAAAACUUUUUGCACCUCA